GUGAGCGCCCAUACCAGUGCCCCUACUGUGACAAAGCAUUCAGCAAGAAUGAUGGUCUGAAGAUGCACAUCCGCACACACACUCGGGAGAAGCCAUAUAAAUGCAGUGAGUGUAACAAGGCCUUCAGUCAGAAGAGAGGUCUGGACGAACACAUGAGGACCCACACCGGAGAGAAACCCUUCCAGUGUGAUGUGUGUGAUCUGUCGUUCAGUCUGAAGAAGAUGCUGAGCAGGCACAAACUGACCCACAACCCCAACAGGCCCAUGGCAGAGUGCUCGCUGUGCCAUAAGAAGUUCACCAGGAAUGACUACCUCAAAGUGCACAUGGAGAACGUUCACGGAGAGACCGAGGGCUAAGGAACCCAUCUAUUUGAGACAGUUUACUAAAGAUAAAGAAACAGUAUACUAUAUUUACAGUGUUAUACAUACAGGAUGACUUGCUAUGCAUUUCAUAUGUAGCAAUACGCAGUGUUUGUUGCUAUUAAAUACUGUAUAUGCAAAUGCAGAAUAUGGAAAAUAUACAUUUAAAUAUUGAAACAAAUCCUGUACUUAUGAGUUAUGGAGUAUGAACAUUAGAUAUUACAUUCACAGGGAUUUCUGGAUGAGGCACAAGACCCACACAGUUCUGAUCUGCUUCCAAACUGCCAUUUUGUCCCUGUUUGUAGUUUACAUUCAAUGUAAUUUUGAUAUAAAAGUUUGGGAUUGACAUUUCCAGACAAUGCAGCACAAUACAAUAACUAGCCUAGUUCAAAAAGUCUCUAUCCCACUGUCUGCUUCUAGGUUCCCACCUCAUGCCAACCAUACAGUGCCUUUACCACCUCCGCUCAGGUGUCUUACUCUGCCACAACUAUUGUGACCAGGUACAAACUUUCCAAAGAGUUUCCAAGCCAAAGAUGUUUACCAAACACAGCCAGCCUACUCCCUUCCUCCAGCCCAUGCAUUGCCUGGAAAUGCAAUUCAUUACCAUUGUCACUGUUACGGUUUGACAAAAGAAGAAUGUUUUUUAUGGUUAUUUCAUAUUCUGAGGGACCAAGUAGUUUCUUUGUGUUUACACUCCUGUUUUUGUAAUCCUGUAUGUUAAAUGGGAAAUGUAUUUAAUGGAUGGUGCAGUUAUGUUUGUUUCUCUGUAGAUUUUAUAUGACCAGACCAUAGCCUUCCUGUAUUCCACAGACUGUUACACAUUCCCUCUCUUUUACUGUUCAUCUCAAACUGUGAAUAUUUCACAUCACACUUCCAUGUUUUUACUUCAUAAAAGCCUCAUUACCUACAAAA